AUGAAGGUAAUGUCAUUAGGCCUAAUAUCCUCAAUAAUAUUUAGUAUAGUUUUAGCAAGAAGCACUUUGGGUUCGGAGGCCGUCACGGGUUGCGUAUUUCCAUUUUGUAUAAAAAAAACAAAGAAAAGCCAUAAGACAACAGAUGAACCAUAUAAAAGUAAGGAUGCCUAUGAUCCUGAUAUUCCAAAUAUCAAAUUUAUAGAUGAAUUUAGUCCAAAGGUAAUAGAAAUUUGCAAAGUAAAUCAACCUAGAUUAGGUGAGCUCUUUAUCUCAGAAACCAAUGGUACUAUCGUUGAUAAAGCUCCCGAAUUUUUAAGAAGAGAAUAUGACCCCAGGAGGGUAGGAUGGUAUAUUAGGCCAUAUGAAGAAGAUUAUGAACAUAUGAUUAAGGUUAUUUUUAUUCCUCUUAAUAAAAAUGAUCAAUCUUUUCAAUUCAACCAAACAAACGUACAUAAACAAGAUGGUACAACAUCUGCAAUGCUUAAGGCGGAUGAAAAACAAGAAUUUCCAAAAGAACAAAAAUUAAGUAUAAUAAAUGAAGAGGAUUCAAGUAUACUACAUGAAGAUGCAGAAGAAUUAGAUAAAGAAAAUGACAAUGAGGACAAAGAUGAAGAAUUAGAUAGAGUAUAUUUGAGAGCUCUAUCCCAUCUCGACGAUGAAGAAGAUGAUAAUGAAAAAUUUAAAGAGAAUUUAGGGAAGUUAUAUCGUACAUUAAAGAUGAUUAGAAGAAAACGAAGAAGAAAUGAAGGAAAAGGAAAUGAAGAAAAUGAAAAUAAAGGCGAAGAGUUAGAUAAAGAAAAUGACAAUGAGGACAAAGAUGAAGAAUUAGAUAGAGUAUAUUUGAGAGCUCUAUCCCAUCUCGACGAUGAAGAAGAUGAUAAUGAAAAAUUUAAAGAGAAUUUAGGGAAGUUAUAUCGUACCUUGAAGAUAAUUAGAAGAAAACAAAGAAGGUGA